AUGGCGAGCGCUCGGGGCUCGCGCCGCGCCCCGCGGAGGCCGCCCACCUGGGAGAUCUCGGAUUCGGACACCGAGGGUCCCGCCGGGGCACAGGCCAGCACGGGGACGCGGGCUCCGCCGGCCAGGGCGCUGCGGCCGGAGCAGGCCCUGAGGCGCCUGGUGGUGGGCGUAGACCCAGCUAUCCUGCAGGACCCGGGCGCGGACGUGCUGCUGGAGGCGCUGGGCGCCCUGGGCUGUCAGUGCCUCCUCGAGCCGCAGCGCCGCGCGCGGAGCCUGCGCUGGAGCGGAGCGGCACUGGACCCCUGCCCGCGCGGCGAGCUUCUGGAGGAGCAGGAGCUGCUACUGCUGGAGCCUGAGGAGUUUGUGCAGGGGGUAGCCGGACUGGUGCAGGCCUCUGGCCCCCUCUGCUCCGUGCCCUGGAUCUCCGCCCAGAGCACCGCCCGCCAGCACCUGGCUGUCAUCGGACUGGACGCUUACCUGUGGUGUCGCCAGUCCAGUGCAAAGACGCAGACCACACAGAAUCCAGUGGUGGCUCACGCAGAAGUGCCCGUCAGCAGGCGUGAGGUGCAGGAGGCACUGGUCCACCUGCAGCUCUGGGCGGACCUGGACGUGCUCCUGGUGACCUCGUGGCAGGAGCUGAGUCAGCAUGUGUGCGCCAUCACUCGAGCCUUGGCCCAGCACCCAAUCAGGUGGCACCGAGAAUGCCAAUCUCUCUCCUUCUGUACCACGGGGCGCUGGGCUGCAGGCGUGCGGGUCACCAGAGAUGGCCAUGGGCUGCGGGAGGCCUGGAGGCGUCAGAUAAUGCAGUUCAACCGAGCCAGCCCUGCCGUGGCUGACUCUAUCGUGGCUGCCUUCCCCGCACCACGCCUUUUGCAGCAGGCACUGGCAACCUGCACCAGCGAGCUGGAGCGCCAACAUCUGCUGGCUGACCUGCCCGUGAAGGGCAGCACACGUGGCCGGCCUCGCAGGGUGGGGCCUGACCUCGCUCGGCGGCUCUGCCUCUUUCUGAGCACAGUGGACCCAGACCUCCUGCUGGACCUGGGCUCCUGACCACUGCCGUGGCUCCCGGGGACCCCGAGGGCUGCGGAGGUGGCAGAGAUGGUGCCCACAUGUCCCAGCCGGGCACUAUGGGAACAGGAAGGACAGUCCCACUGCCCCCGAGGCCUGGCGGGACACUGAGGAAAGAGAAAGAACAC